AUGGAUAUCCCCUAUCGAAGUUUUGCCUAUUCUCACCCCUUCAAGAUCCUCGUCGGCCCCGAGAAGAGAGCGGUUCAUAUACAUUCCGGGCUUCUAAAACAGCAUUCCGAGACUUUGGCUGCUCUUGUGGGCGGUGGCAUGACCGAGGCACAGGAACUAUGUGCACACCUUGAAGAUAUCGAGCCGGAUACUUUCAUUCGCUUCAUGGAAUUUGCAUACACUGGCGAUUACACGGUGCCGAACCCGGAGUUGCAGUGCUUCUCGUCGGACGGCGUUGCUGGCCAGUCGCUUCCUGGGCUUGACAAUCAAGAGAUGGAGGGCGUCGGUGUAGAUGCGCCAAAUAACCCCGUAUCGCCGCCUAAGGAGACCACAAAUUGGGACAUCGAGUCUGACUUUUGGAGAUUCCCAAGAGCGUCAAAAAGGAACAGCAAGAAUCAUACUGGACUCCGCAAUCCAUGGUUUGAACGCAGCAACGCGGAUGUCGUCACUCCUCCAGAAGCCAUAGAAGAGCCAGGGUUUGGAAUUCAACGACCACGGGAUUCCAAAUGGUGGCGCGAAUUCAAGAGCAAGUCACAGCCUCGAGAGCCACGCGCAUGGGAGCCGAGAGCGAACCAGCGGCCCGACGAAGACUAUGGGCCAGUUCUGCUAUCUCACGCAUAUCUCUACGUCUUCUCCGAUCGAUAUAGCAUAAAGCCCCUGCAGGAGCUCGUGCUCCAGAAGCUUCGACUAACACUAUGCAAGUUCACUCUAUUUCCAGAGCGAGCUGGGGAUGUCGUCGAAUUGCUCAAGUACACAUACGCAAACACGAUGGACCAUGAUGAGGGCAUUGACAAGCUUCGAAAUCUGGUGACUGAAUAUGUUGUCUGCCAGAUCCAUGCAAUAGCCACAAACCCUGACUUUUUGGAAUAUCUGAAAGAGGAGGGCUUCGCAGCCAAGGACCUGAUGGUCAAGCUGGUCCAGCGGUUGGAUCCUGAGUCGGAAUAA